AUGAAUUUCUUCAAGACUAAGCAGCGCACUCCCCCAGAUCUCGUCCGCGGUCUGCGUGACUCUCUGUCCAAGCUGGAGGCGGGCCCUCCCAGCACGGAGACAAGGCGAAAGGCGAACGAGGACGUGGUCAAGAAUCUGCAGCAGAUCAAAGCGAUCUUGUAUGGAGACGGUGACCCACUCCCGGAGCUCGUCGCCCAGCUCGCACAGGAGACGUACUCGACGGAUCUGCUGCACAGCCUCCUGCUGAACAUCGACAAGCUCGAGUUCGAGAUGCGCAAGGACGUCGUGCAGAUCUUCAACAACCUCCUUCGGCGCCAGAUCGGUGCGCGCUUCCCGACGGUCGAAUACCUCUGUGGGCGCCCGGAGGUGCUUUUCGCUGCGUUCAACGGGUAUAGCAAAGAAGAAGUUGCGCUUAAUACGGGCAUGAUUCUCCGCGAGAUGCUCCGCCACGAGUCACUGGCGAAGAUCCUACUCUAUUCGGAUCAAUUCUACACAUUCCCACAUUACAUUGAGGCAACGACGUUCGGGGUUUCGUGUGAUGCGUAUACAAACCUCAAAGAGACGCUCACGCGGCACAAGACCAUGGUGGCUGAGUAUCUCGACAAGAAUUACGAUAGAUUUUUCGCCUCCUUCACCACGCUGAUCAACUCGGAGAACUAUGUGACUAAACGACAAUCAUUGAAGCUCCUUGGCGAGAUCCUGCUCGAUCGUGCGAACUUCAGCGUCAUGACGCGCUACAUCGCGAGCGAGACGAAUCUCAAGCUCAUGAUGAACCUCUUGCGGAACAAGAGCCGGAACAUCCAAUUUGAGGCGUUCCACGUCUUCAAGGUAUUUGUCGCGAACCCGAAGAAACCACCACAGAUUGAAAGUAUUCUGCGACGGAACAAGGAGAAACUCCUACAAUUCCUCAAGGGCUUUCAUAACGAUAAGGAGGAUGAACAAUUCACGGACGAGAAGCAAUUCCUGAUUGUUCAGAUACAGAACUUAUAG